AAAAAACCCCUUCAAGUUCUAGAAGGAUGGUUUGGGGUCAAAGCAUAUAUUGAUUGCUCUUCCAGUGGACUAGAAUUUAACUCCUAACUACUUAUAACUCCAACUUCAGGGGAUCUGACACUUGACCUCCUUGGUUACCUGUGCUCAUGUGCGUAUAGUCAAGACACUUAAAAUUAAAAAAAAAAAAGUGAAGAUUACAAAGCCUUCUAUUUCAUGGAUAUAAUGUAGUUUUUUUCUAGAUAACAUUCAAAACCCCUGUAAUAUAAAAACAUAAACAUUAAGAUAAAUGUUCUGACAUCUUUUCUCUUUUUCCUCUUGCCUUUCCUUUCCCCCUCCUUUCGUAAAUCCUAGAGUUUGAACCCAGGGCUCUAGAGCUAAACCUUGUUCUUGCCUAUAUUUCUGAUUGUUAUGUUGGUUUUUUUGUUUUGUUUUCUGUUUGUUUGCUUUUGGAGACAAGGCUUCUGUCUGUCCCUGGCUGUUCUGGAACUUGAACUCAAAGAUCCACUUGCUUCUGCCUCUUGAAUACUGGGAGCUACCAUGCCUGGCUUCUUUUAAUAUUGGUUCUGGAAAGUUUAUAUCCCACACACAGGUUAUAAACUUAAUGUCCAAUUUAAGAGACAUCUUUUCCAGAGUUGUUUUUCUUCUGUACUGAGGGGUUCUUGAGACUCUGAUGCUGUUAUUUGUCUCUCAGCAGAUGGGAAAUUGUGCUGUCCUAGCUAACCUUUCCUUCAGAGCUGUUAUCUGCUGUGACUGUGGUGAUACAAUUCUACAAGAGUAGAGGGUCAUUUCUCUGCAGUAGAGGUUUUGAGUACUCCACUGGCCCCACUUGAAAUCUUGUCAUCAGAGCUCAUGUUGUCCGGCAAAGUGGUGGAUGUGUAUGCUCUUAUUUAAAGAAAUGAGUGUAUCAAGUGCUGUAUUGAGAGUUGAAACUUGGCUUUUGGCAACAUGGCAUGUUAAAGUGCCUUUAAUGUGGCUGGAAGCUUGUGUUAACUGGAUCCAAGAAGAAAAUAAUAAUGCUAAUUUGAGCCAAGCACAAGUAAAUAAACAAGUGUUGGAGCAAUGGCUUCUUACUGACCUGAGAGACUUAGAACAUCCUCUCUUACCUAAUAACAUUUUAGAAACUCCAAAGGGAGAACUGAAUGGAUUUUAUGCUCUACAGGUCAAUUCCUUGGUUGACGUAAGUCAGCCCGCAUAUUCCCAGAUACAAAAGCUGAGAGGAAAGAAUACAACCAAUGAUCUAGUUUCAGCUGAAACACAGAUUACUCCAAAACCAUGGGAAGCAAGGCCUUCACGGAUGCUGAUGCUGCAGCUCACUGAUGGUGUCACACAAAUUCAAGGGAUGGAAUAUCAGUCUAUUCCAGCUCUCCAUAGUGGUCUUCCUCCAGGUACAAAAAUUUUGGUUCACGGAUGCAUUUUGUUCCGUCUUGGUGUUCUCUUGUUGAAACCAGAAAAUGUGAAGGUGUUAGGAGGUGAGGUAGAUGGUCUUUCAGAAGAAUAUGCUCAAGAAAAAGUACUUGCAAGAUUAAUUGGUGAACUUGAUCCUACAGUUUCAAUCAUACCAAAUAAUUCUGAUCACAUUUUGCCCAGAGUUCCGGGGGGGUUAGAUCCUAUUUUGGGACCUUCAGAUGAAGAACUCUUGGCAAGUCUUUAUGAAAGUGAAGAACCUGCAGCAGAUAAUGACACAUCGGUGGAAGGAAGCUGUUUCGGCACAGGCAGUUCCUCAAAUACUACUCCCACAAGUCAGCCUAGUUUUGAGCCAGGAUGUGAUAUUUCUCCAAGGCAAAAGGAGAAGCCACCAAACCAAUCUGUGCCUUUUACUGAUGGAGAGUUUGAUGACUUUUCACUGGAAGACGCCUUGCUUUUAGAAGAAACUGUCCAGAAAGAACAGAUGGAAACAAAAGCAUUGCAGCCACUAACUUUGAAGAAAAAUACAGAUAAAUGUGUAGAGAUAUUUUCAUAUAAACCUAAUACUCUGAACCACACUACUUUGAUUCAUAAACAAGGAAACGGCAAUUACAAUGAAAAAAAGUUAUCUGAACAAAUGAUUGACGAAGACAAAUUUUUUGGCUGUUCGUCUGCUAGAGACCAUCAUAAGAGACUCUUAGCCCAUGAUUUUACAAAUGACAGCAAGACUUUGGAGGUAGAUAACACAACAGAACCAAACAUUGCCAGUUCAGAUGAGCAUUGCUUAAGUAAUACAAUGUUAAAUAGAAAACUGGGAACCUGUCUAUCAGAAAAGAGUUCAGAAAUUUCUAAUGAAAACGACUACCCUUUACAGGCUUGUUCUUCAAGAUCAUUUGAGAAUAAUAUUGAUCUUUAUAUUGGCAUGGACUUAAAUUCUCCACCCUUUAUCUAUUUGUCUGUUCUAAUGGCCAGAAAGCCAAAGGAAGUUACUAUUGUGAAAGUCAAAGCAUUUAUUGUCACUUUAACUGGAAAUCUCUCAAGCUCUGGGGGCUGUUGGGGUGUAACUGCAAAGGUUUCUGAUGGUACCGCAUAUCUAGAUGUAGAUUUUAUAGAUGAAAUACUUACCAGUAUGAUAGGGUUUUCGGUACCAGAAAUGAAACAAUUAAAAAAGGACCCUCUUAAAUAUCAAAAAUUCCUAAAAGGAUUACAAAAAUGUCAACGAGAUCUGAUAGAUUUGUGUUGCCUGAUGACUAUUUCAUUUAAUCCUUCUUCAUGUAAAGCCGUGGUACUUGAAUUGCAGGAUGUUGGUGUGGAGCACCUUGAGAACCUAAAGAAGCGGCUGAAUAAAUAAUUUGCCAAAAUACUAUUGGAGUACACUUUACAACAUGCAAAUAUUUGUAACCAAAUUUGUUUAUAUUCUUAUUUUUGGAAUUCUGUAAAAGAAGAAAAAGCUUCAGAGCUUAAAAACGGGUGAGAUGGUCAGUGGUUAAAGAGACUUUCUGCCAAGACUGAGGACCUGAGUUUGAUCCCCAGGUCCCUUGGGACUGAAGGAGAGAAACAACUCCCAGAUUCUGUUGUCUGUCUUCCACACAUGCAGCAUGGAGUACACACACACACACACACACACACACACACAGACAUUUAAAAAUAAAAGUGUUUAAUCAAAAUGUAUGUGUAAGGGUAUUUUUGUUUGGUUUGGUGAUGCUGGGCCAGGGUCUUGUAAUGCUAUCAUAAAGCAACAUCUCUAGACCCUUGAUUUUUUUUUUUCCCCUUCCUGGAAACAGGAUCUCAUAUUCCCAGGCUGGCCUCUAGCUCUCUUGUAUAGCUGAGAGUAACCUUGACCUUCUAGUCUCUGGUCUCCAUCGCCGAAGUGCCAGAACUAGGGUUGUGUAGGUUUAGUUGGUGCAUUGGCUUAAAACCAGGGUUGUGUUUUUUAGGCAAAUACUCUACCAACUGAGCUACAUCCCCAGUCCUGCUUGUUGAAGAACUUUGCUGACCCAUUCUUGCUGAGAAUAUAAGAUAAUUGAAUAAGAAUUGUGAAUUGAAUGUAAGAUAACUGAUAAAGAAUUGUGAUGAGCUGACAAAAGGGCUUGGUGGUAAAGGUGUUUGCUGCUGAGCCUAAUGACCUGAUUCUGUUGCUGGUACUACAUAGUGAAAGAGAACACUGUCUCCCACAAAAUGUCCUCUGAUUUCCACAUGUGCCCCCACCACACACACACACACACACAAGUACACACAGUGAAAUAAAACAAUACGCCUUUAAUCCCAGCACUUGGGAAGCAGAGGCAGGCGGAUCUCUGUGAGUUCGAGGUCAGACUGCUACAGAGUGAGUUCCAGAAAAGGCUCAAAGCUACACCAAAAAACAAAACAAA